UUUGUUUGACUUAAAAUGGAAAAAAUCCUCUGCAGUCUUCUGGUGUUUGGAAUGGCAGUAAUGGUCAACUCGUGUCCAAAAUAUUGUGUGUGUCAAAACCUUUCAGAAUCAUUAGGCACCUUGUGUCCAUCAAAGGGACUACUUUUUGUACCCAUAGAUAUUGACAGAAGGACAGUUGAACUUCGCCUGGGAGGGAAUUUUAUUAUAAGCAUCAAUCGACAUGACUUUGCCAACAUGACUGGUCUUGUUGACCUGACGUUGUCUAGAAACACUAUCAGUUACCUUCAGCCCUAUUCAUUUAUUGAUCUAGAGAGCCUUCGUUCAUUGCAUUUGGAUAGUAAUAGACUGACCAGUCUUGGGGAUGAAAUAUUUAGAGGAUUAAUCAAUCUACAGCAUCUGAUUAUGAAUAAUAACCAACUAAGCAGCAUCUCAGAUGACGCUUUUGAGGACCUUUUACAAACGUUGGAAGACUUGGAUCUUUCUUAUAAUAACCUUAAGUCUAUACCAUGGGAAGCUGUAAGGAGAAUGGUGAACCUCCAUCAACUUAGUUUGGAUCAUAAUCUGAUUUAUUAUAUAACAGAGGGUACAUUUCAGGAUCUGCACAAAUUGGCCAGACUAGAUUUGACUUCUAAUAGGCUGCAAAAACUACCUCCAGAUCCAAUUUUUGCAAGAUCGCAGGUUUCAAUGACAUCUGCUACUCCAUUUUCACCUCCUUUAUCUCUUAGCUUUGGAGGUAAUCCGCUUCACUGUAAUUGUGAACUCUUGUGGUUAAGAAGACUAGACAGAGAAGAUGACAUGGAAACUUGUGCUUCUCCUUCUGCUGUUAAAGGAAGGUAUUUUUGGUAUGUUAGAGAAGAAGAGUUUGUAUGCGAGCCACCUUUAAUCACUCAGUAUACUCAAAGGCUACUUGUUCUGGAAGGACAAACCGCAUCAUUAAAAUGUAAAGCUGUUGGGGAUCCUUUACCAGUCAUACACUGGAUUGCUCCUGAUGGGAAACUCAUUGGAAAUUCCUCAAGGACGGCUGUGUAUGACAAUGGCACUUUAGAUAUUUUCAUCACCACUUCAAAGGAUUAUGGUACUUUUACCUGCAUUGCGGCCAAUGCGGCCGGUGAACUAACUGCACCUGUGGAGCUAUCAAUAGUCCAGAUACCACAUGUCAGCAAUGGCACCGGACGAACGGCCCCUCCGAAGUCAAGGUUGUCUGACAUCACCAGUUCUGCUAAAACUAACAGAGGAGAAGUUAAAACACCGCCAGAAAAAGCUGUUGUGGUGUCAGAAGUGACAUCUACCACAGCUCUGGUUAAAUGGUCAGUGAGCAAGGCUGCCCCAAAAGUAAAAAUGUACCAGCUUCAGUACAAUUGCUCAGAUGAUGAAGUUCUAAUAUACAGGAUGAUCCCUGCUUCGAACAAAGCCUUCGUUGUGAAUAACUUGGUAUCGGGGACUGCUUACGACCUCUGCGUCUUGGCUAUAUGGGAUGACACUGCAACAACGCUGACUGCAACAAACAUAGUGGGUUGUGCCCAGUUCUUUACACAAGAGGACUAUCAACAAUGCCAGUCCAUGCACAGCCAAUUCUUGGGGGGAACCAUGAUACUUGUAAUUGGAGGAAUCAUAGUUGCUACAUUGCUGGUCUUCAUUGUUAUAUUAAUGGUAAGAUAUGAGAUUUGCAACUAUUCCCAGGGGAAGAUGGCCAAUGCCACCAAUGUAUAUUCCCAGACUAAUGGAGGAAAUACAGUGCAGAAUGGGGCCCCACCACAAACCAGCCCAAAAGUGGUGGUGAGGAAUGAACUAAUGGAAUUCCAGUGUGGUUCUGCGCACAGUAGUGUCUCAUCCUCUUCUAGUUCUGUGAAUAGUCCAGAUGGGGAUGAUUAUAGCCUACACAGUAAUCAAAGCACAUUGUCUAACAAAUGGAGACAUGUCUCCAGGUCUAAGCAUAACAUUGAUAAACUAAUGGGAGCAUUUGCCUCCCUAGAACUGAGGUGUCAAAAAAAGGAGGACACUGUGGACUCCAGGACUUCAACUACAGCCCACCAGUCAGACAAAGAACCUUUGCUGGGCCACCAUGAGUCCAAAGUCCGUAGCUAUCUCAUGUUACCUUUGGAGGGUAAAGCAAAACGUAGCCAUUCUUUUGAUAUGGGGGACUUUGCCACCACACAGUGCUGUAGCUACCCAACAAAAAUAUCAAACUUUUGGACUAGGAGAAGCCUCUCAGUUAAUGGCAUGUUGUUACAAUACACCGAUAGUGAACUGGCAGGGAAUGCAACCAAAUUCACAUAUGACAGCACAGAAUGGGUGAUGGAAAGUACAGUGUAAACUAGAGUAUUAUGGUUCCAUUGUUGCCAUUUAAACUUGCUUUUUGAUAGCAAGUUUAGAGUACAAAAAAAUGUGAAACGUAUCACUAGAUCUCUGGAACCAGAGAUGGUUAAAUACUACAAUCCGCAGCAGGAGUUACGACAGUUGUGAUAAGCACUGACAGUGGUUGGCGGUUCUACUAAAGCAGAAAAGAAGCACAUGUGUAAGUCUAAGUGCUCCUUAUCAAAGAAAUCAAAGGAGAACUGACUGAAGAAGGCAUCUUAAUGCCAGCCCUUAAUUGCAACAGUUUGAAGAACUUUCAAGACAUCAGCCAACUGAUGGAGGCAACCAUUCAACCCAGUCGACAUAAUUUGCGGGUGUACCAACUCUUAUUUUAUUUCUAGGUCAUGAUUUUCUUUUUCCUUCAUUUUUUCCAUUUUUUUUUGGUUUAUUUAUUACUGUAUAUUUGAUAGAGCUGUUCAGAUAAUAUAAAAUCUACAUAAAUGCAGACAAAAAGAUCCCUAGAUGAUGUUUGAUAGAGCUUUUCAGAUAAUAUGAAAUCUACAUAAAUGCAGACAAAAAAAUCCCUAGAUGAUGUUUUUUUAUUUACACCUCUGUUAAGGUUGUUUCCUUAGAAACCAAUAGGAAAGCAAGUUUAAGAAAUAGUUUCUAAUGGGUGUGAAGGCUGUAGGAUCAAGUUCUAUAACAUGUGAAAUGGAAAUGUUGAUAGGGUUAUCCAAAGCACAGGCGUUAUUUGCCUCAAAUGGCACAUUAGUUCAUCCGUGUUAUUAUUAAAACAUUUUAUUAGGGAGGUACCAAUUUUGUAUUGAUUUCCCCCAAGGAAUAAAAAGUAUGUUUGAGGUACCUCCCUUAUGCAGUAAGUAAAUACAGAGUGCUCAGAAUUUAAUCAGAUAUGACAAGAUAAAAUUGUCAUUCCAGAUGUCAGCAACACAAUCGAGCGUAUCGAGUGGGAGUAGCAGGAUUUCCCUGACGGCUUGCACUUCCUAGUUAGAAUAUACCCCGGAGAGUACCAACGUUUUUUCGAAGGACUUUUAUGGAUAUUUGGUUGGACCAUCACCAUUCCCAUUAAUGACUUUACUGGGGGAAACAUUUACUUUCAGCAGUUGCAGACUUCCAUUAGCUCUGUGUUCAACAAUUUAUCUGAUCAUUGGCAUUCUCAAGCAUUUUGUACAGAAAUUCUAUCAAGGUGAAUAUAAUGUGUAUUUUUUUUUAUCAUAAAUGGAAAAAAAAAUAAAAACAAAGAAAGAAAAAAAGAAAUGAGAGCUAUAUUGUGACCUGGCUGUGUAACGAUCCUUUAUGGUCAUGUUUAAUACUUGGAGUUUUAGAGAAAUAUGUCCACGUAAAAAGAUUAUACAUUUUGCUACAAAGUGUACAGUAAACAAAAUUCUGCAAUGAAAACUGGUGUUUUUGUACUAGAAUUAAAGAAAAAAAGUUGUAUUUUUUGGUACUUGGAAGAGAAACCACUAUAGAAUGGGGGGUUUAAAUAAAUAAAGACUCCUUGUCAAUGGUCUCAAGAGCAUACGAAUCAUCCAAUCAUUUGUUUAAGGAUAAUAUUUAUCUGGGUAUUUCACAAAAUGGGAAAUAAAGUGAAAAAGGAGAGUUGCGUGUUGCACAAGUGUUGAAAAUGAAUAAAGAAAUAAAAUAUGUUAUAUAAAAAAGAAUAUAUAUUAAAAUAAAUGGAACGUUCAUGGGACUUUUUGUAAAACAAUGUAAAAAAAAAUGUUUAUUCAAUCAAUGUUCUGGUCCUUCAGGGGAACUUUUGAGAAGACCCACCCCCCGUGGGAUUUGUAUUGCAGACUUUUGUUGAGUAUUGUUCUUUUGAAGGAUCUGAGAGCUACAGGGUCAAUUAGGCACUAACACUAUAUUCAACCAGAGGAAUUUAUCUAUCAUAAAUUAAUUAGUAUUAAAUUAUAAUCCAGAGCCCUUCUGUGACACAAAAAUAUUUGUUGUAGGAAAAUAUGAUGACGUAAAAAAAAAAAAAU